AUGGCAAACAAGCAGACUCCUAUUAAAGCACAGGAAGCAUCCUUCGGGCACUCACCCAGCAAAAAAAACUCGGACAGCCAGCGAGGUGCAAAGAGCGAGAUCCGCAUCCAUACCGCAAAGAGCGGCCAGCCGGGGCGCGAACCCCCGUCCGGGCUCCGACUCAACGCGCCUCCUAACCCCGGGAGCGCGUCGCCGACUGCGAUUGAGCCGGACCUCUGGCAGGAUAAGAGAAUCGCGGCGCUCGCCGGCCAAUCAGCGCGCUCCGAAGGGGAAGCUGCGAAGCCCGGCCUCUCUCUCUCUCUCUGCCUCUUUAAAAAAAGACUUUUUGCAAAAGCCAUACAGGGAUCGUGGUGCAACGCUUGGGUUUUCCUCAACGUCUUGGUGCUCUUUCCAGAAUCACUUUGCUUUAAUGUGUUGGGGAAGAUCACAGUGAAGCUAGAAAGUAAUAACGAUCAUCUGCAAAUAGAAGUAGUGGUUAAGAGUCACAUUACCAAAGCUGGGGCAAGAUUUGGAUGCAAAAAAACACUGAAAUUCUCUCUUUCCCUCUCUUCCUUCUUUAGCCAUAUUGUCAAUGAACUGAUAGAAACAGAACGGGUUUACGUAGAGGAGCUCCAAAGUAUCCUUGAGGGCUACGCAUCUGAGAUGGACAAUCCUGAUUUAAUUCACUUGAUCCCAACUGCUCUUGCCAACAAGAGGGAAGUUCUUUUCGGGAAUCUCUUGGAAAUCUAUGAAUUCCACAACAGAAUCUUCCUGAAAGAGCUGGAAAACUGCAUUGAAAACCCGGAACUUCUCGGUCGGUGCUUUUUGAAAAGAAAGGAAGAUCUCCAAAUAUAUGAAAAAUACUGCCAGAACAAACCCAGGUCAGAAGCUCUCUGGAGACAGUGUGGAGAUAGUCUCUUCUUUCAGGAAUGUCAGCGGAGACUCGAUCAUAAACUCUCACUGGAUGCUUAUCUCUUAAAGCCAGUCCAGAGAAUUACCAAGUACCAGCUGCUUUUAAAGGAGAUGUUGAAAUGCAGCAAGAAUUCGGAAGGCACAGCCGAGCUGGAAGAAGCGCUGGCUACGGUGCUCGAUAUUAUUAAGUCGGCCAACGACUCAAUGCAUCAGAUAGCAAUUACGGGCUACGAGGGUGACGUACACGAGCUCGGGAAAUUGCUGCUCCAGGGCUCGUUCAACGUGUGGACGGAUCACAAAAAGGGCCACAACAAGGUCAAAGAUUUGGCCAGGUUCAAGCCGAUGCAGAGGCACCUCUUCCUCUAUGCAAAAAUCCUGCUGUUUUGCAAGAAGCGAGAAGAAAAUGCGGAUGGGCACGAGAAGUCUCCCUCAUACAGCUUUAAAAAUUCGUUGAAGAUGAGCACGGUCGGCAUCACUGAAAACGUUAAAGGGGAUAACAAGAAAUUUGAAAUCUGGUACAACGGCAGAGAAGAGGUCUACAUUAUUCAGGCUGCUUCUGUGGAGCUGAAAAACACCUGGGUCUCUGAAAUUAGGAAAGUCCUGACAGGACAACUGGAAGCUUGCAGAGAGGCAAGCCAGCUGCACCAAAGAAUCACCGAGAGCGUGUAUCACGCACCGAUGCACUCCUCCAACUCCUCCAGGUAUGGCAGAAAGUCGGUCAGCAUGUGUGAAAAUAGAUCCGACCUCUCCGGCCUGGAGAUGUCCAACAAGAGGGACAGGAACAGCAGCCCCCAUGCCAGACAGAAAAGAGCCGAUUCUUCCGCCAGCCUUAACUUUGAGCGCUCAGCUCUUGCUAGAAAGCGGUUUACAUUGCAAGGGCUUUCGAACCGCAGAGCUCCACCCAAAGAUCCAGAAUCUAAAGAAAGGGAUGUCACCCACCGCUUUUCCCUAGGUUCCUCCAUCAGCUCCACAACUAACACAUCUGCUCUAACCAAAGGUCGCCUUCUUCCUGCCGUUAAAGUCAAGAGGCACGAAAUAAAAAGUGAUCCGACUCCUCUGGGUUUUGAAGAUGUUUUUGAAAGAUCCCUGUUGGCUCAAGCCAAAUGCAGCAUCGCUCCCUCCACGAGAUUGGUGCCUAGAUCCGCUUCACAGACAGGUUGGCCCAGCAGGCAAAUGCCGUCGCUAGACACCUUUGAGGAUUUUGAAGCCAUCCCAUCCAGCGCGGAGGAGAUGUCCAACUCUUCGGAUCUGGAGGAAGAGAGCCAGCCAAACAACGGAUCCGAUCUUUACCGGGUCGAAGGCAGCUUUGACACCUGUUUCCCCGAUUCCUUGACGCUUGAGGAUGGAAAUUUAGUGCAAUUCAUUCAGGAAGGUGCUGACGGACAAUGGUUAGUGAAGAAACUGGUUUCUGAGAAAACAGACUGGUUCCCUUCCUGUCUGCUUCAGCCAGCAGAAGGGGAUACCAACAAUAUCCGCCGGCACAGCAAUGCAGAUGUCUACAGUGGUCCCCGCAGCGCCCCACCCACCAACUCCGAGAUGAAAGGGAGCGAGCUGUCAAGAAGCUUAACAGCUGAGCAGAAAGCUGGGAGCUGAAGGCACCCGGACUCAUUUCCUCAGGGCUCCACCCUCUCCUCUGCUCAUCAGCAGAUUCUGGAUCGAUGCGCCUUCCUCGCAAGCUCCGAACUUGAGAACUCUGCGGGAUCUCACCAGCAUGGAGAUACCCUUUUUGAAAAAGAGAAACAAAGACCUCGGCCAGCUGGAAAACCUGGAAGACCAUUGGAAAUUCAAAGGCGUCAAAGCGAUCUUCGCAUUUGACAAACGCACCCAGCAUCUACGCUUUUUGUAAAAACAAAACACUGUUUUCUGAACUGUUGGAAUGGGUGUCGCCUAAAUUAGGCUGUCUACAGAGUGAUGGGUUCCUAGGCCUGUGGCAGUUUGGGUUGAAUGCCAGAUUAUUUAAGAGAGAUCUAUGGAUAAGCCCCUCCCCCCCCAACCCCCAGAUUUUUCUGUUGCCGAGACGCUCUCAAACGUCUCCAUGCCUUUAUCGCUGCUGCUCAACCUACCCUGGAUUCCCCUCGGGUAGAUCAUAGCUGCACUUGGUCACCUCAAGACAAUCAUCAGUAGCAAGACCAACAAAAUGAGGUCGGGUGACGGCCCACACAUACAAUCCCUGGGCCUGAGGCAACCGCAAAGCCUUUGCAGAAUCGCAAAGGUUCUUCUUUGGGACAUAGCCUUCUGUCUGUAGAGAGUUUGGGGUGCUAACUGGUAAUACAAGGGUGUCUUGUGGGUAAAGAAUGGGGUGAGUUUGGCAAGGGUAAAGGGCAGCCAACUGAAGGCCGAUGUAGGGUACAUCUCUGGCAUCAAGAGGCUGCCUCUGUUUCUCCCAUCCCAUAGUACUCGGUGCUGCAAUUCUGUUCGAUGCUGCCGUUCAGCGUUUUCGCACUCCAGCAGAGUGCGUGCUGAACAUUAUUUUCUUCUGGGCUCUGGAGCAGGAGUCCAUCCCUACCCAGAUUUCUAAGUGCAUCCUCCUCCCCUCAUGACAUCCCCCAAACGUUUAGGUACUUCCAGAUGGGCCCCCCUUCCCGCCCCGUUGCAACAAUUGUGCGGUUGUGUUGAAGCUCUGUCGCCAAGAUAUCUUAAGAAAGACUGUGCCAACUCUCUGCUGCAAUGGACAAUGUUGUAACUUGCCCUGGGCACUUCAGUUUGUGAGAUGAUGAGAGUUCCGAGGGGGGCGGGGAAUAUGUAUGUUUUGCAUGAAGGCGUUUUUGACAGCACUGGGGAAAAUUAGACCCCCUCAAAGAUACUUGUAGCGUAUUGUUCAAAGUUAACUUUGAUCUAGGAAUAGGGGUAGUCAACAAGCGAUACUAUAGGUGUGGCUGGGAAAUGGACAGAAAGCCAGACGAAGCAAAUUGCCCCACGACCCUGAGAAGUCACACCGACCUGAGAAAAAUGCCUAGAAAUGGUGUGUCAGUUUCUGGAAAGCACUGCCGCAUUUCCCCACUGCUGACUUGGUCCUGAAAGUAUUACUGUCCCCAAAUAACUUCAAGGGGUUUUUGUGCAAUUGAGUCAACUCUCGCUGUGCCAUGGACAACACCUAGAAUGUACGCCGUUUUCUUUCUUUGCCUUGCCAUCAUAAGCCAUUUCUCCCCAAAAUCCAUCGAUACGAUUGAUCAAAGCAUUUGUUCUUGA